AUGUACGGUUUCCAGAACAAUUACGGGUGAGUUUUAUUUUCUCUUCAAGAAGAUUUCUGUAUUUUUCAGUAGUUAUCCUACCUAUUCAAAUCCCAACGGUUACUCUCUCCAACAGUCCUCUCAACAACAAACCCAACAAGCUCAGCAACAAAGCAGCGUUUUUGGGUAGAAUUAAUCAAAGUUUUGUCUUAUGUCUUGUGAUUUCGUAGAACAACACCUUCUGCUGCAGCUGUUGCCGCGGCGGCCACCAGCCAGUAUCCUUAUAGCUCUGGCUACGGUUACGGCGCUCAAAGCGCAAAUGCUUCAUCUACUUCGGCUGCCGCCGCCUACGCUCAGGCUCAAGUGGUAAUCAUCAUUAUAGCUCACGUAAUUUUAAAUUAUUUUUUGUUUCUAGGCUUCUCGAAUGGCAGACGCUUAUUCAUCGAUUGCUUCCGGACUAACUUCGGCUUAUCCAGGCUAUGCCAGUCGUUAGUUUCAUUCUUAAUCUGGAAACAAUCGUUUGUACGUCUAGGCAAGUCUUUUUUUUCACACAUCUCCUUGUUUUUCGGGCUAGAAUCGAAAUUCCUCUAGUUGAAAAAAAUCGUCUUAUCCAUUUUUAGAGCUUGUAAACAAGCUUCAAAUAUCUUUACUUUUCAAAGAAAUGUAAUUCUUCGCAAAGUAGCUCUGUUCCAGAGUCUUCGGUCCCCGGAGGCAAUUAUUUCCGGAGCACGGCCGUGAACACGAACAAGGCUUUGAGCUCUUCUGCGAUGUCCACUGCUACUAAGAAUCUCAGCGGUUUAUCAGCGUUCUUCUUUUUUCGAAACAAAUGUAUGAUAUUUAAGCGUCGGCCGGCUAUCCUUACGAUCCGGCAGUUAUAGCCGCCGCAUCUUCUUUGCUACAGUCCAAAUCGGCUCCCGGCAACAUGUGGAACAAGAAAAGUUGUAUUUGGAAACCUUUUUCAAUUAUAAAUGAAUAUCUUCAGACACCUUCCCCAACAAAACCUACGCUGGUGGCGGAGGACCCAAACGUUUCAACCAAAACCAAUCGGCGCCCAAAGACGUUCAACAGUUUUAUUGCGAGGUUGAGAGAUCAAGAAACAAAAGAAAAAUAUUAUUUUUAGCUCUGUAAAGUGUCUUGCGCUGGUCAGUUGACAUACAAGGAGCAUCUCGAAGGACAGAAACACAAGAAGAAGCAGGCUCUCGUCAAGGGAUCCGCCCCUCAGAGUCUUCCCAAAAAUAAGGUUUUUUUUCGGUUCGCUUCGAAAAAAAAAAUGAAAUUAUUCCACAUCAAUCGGAGAAAGUUUUUCAGGUUUCGUUCAUUUUGAGAUCUUGGCGGUUCAACAAUAUGCCUAGGAAACUUCACUUUUGAACUUUAAAUUUCUAUUUUCAUAGUUUCGACUCUAGGAAAAAGUAUAUGAUCUUGAACUUCAAAAAAAGAGAAGAUUUUUUUCAUUGCUCAGGAUAUUCCAACUGCAAGUGGUCACUCAAAUGAACUGAACAGCUUUCGAGAAUAAUCUUAAUAUGAGAUUGCAGCAUUCUGCGGAAAAAGUUUCGUACUAUCUCUCCAAAUAAAAUUAGGACAUCUUCUUCUAUUUCAGAAAAUUUCAAAGUUUUAGGUUCUGAUUCGAGAAAUGUUCAGGUUUCAUUCCGCUGCGACUUGUGCAACGUUACCUGCACUGGACAAGACACCUACAACGCCCAUGUCCGUGGAGCGAAACAUGUGAAGACUCUGACGCUGUGCAAGAAGCUCGGCAAGCCGAUUCCUUCCACGGAACCCACCAUCAUCCCUCCUUCGGAACUCGGCGGCACGAUUCCGCCCGUCGCGCACCAGUCGGCCAUUCCCGGAGCUCCCAUCCCAACAGUCGGCGUCUCCAAGAGGUGGUUCUAGAGUUUGAAUGAAUAUUUUUCCGAUGAAGGCUUCUGGGGAAAGAUAGUUUGAAAGGUCAAAAAUCCAAAAAGCUGCGACUUACCAAGUUAGUAAUAUAAGUUGUUAAAUUUGCUUGUGCACCAUUUUCAUCAAAUUUAGUAGGAAAUUUUCUGCAAAUAUAUUACUUUGUUCUAUUUUUCUCACUUUCUCUUGUUGAAUUUCAUCCAUUGUUCUUUAUAGUCGCUUUGACUCUAGAUUAAACCCAAAAAUCACUUUUUUUUUGAAUCUAAGAUAGGAGGUCUCUGGGUAGACUAAUUUAUCACGUGUUCUGUUUCCUAACAUUAAUAAUUGCCAAAUAAAACUAUAAGAUACACAAAUAACCAUUUUCCUGAAAAAAGUUUAUUGAAAACGGUACACUGACUGUUUCGAAGCCUUUUGAAGUUCUUUUAUCUAGGCGUAUUGUACGAUGAAGUUCCAACAAGACUUUUAGAUUCAAUUUUCUAUUCAUUUUUCCUCCUAAUAAAAAGUGCAUACUUUAAUGAAAAAGUUUCUCAGAGUUGUCGGAAUUUCGACGGUCAACUUUGUCGGCGGAUCCAAGCUGAGCUCAACCGGACAGCUGGAGACCAAAAAGGCCGCCGUCGCAGAAGCCGUCGGAAGUGCUGGAAAACUCGUUGACGCAACGGCCAACGCUGUCAAGGCACAGCCUCAAGAUAUUCAGGUACUUUCAGAAUACUCAUAUCGAAAUAUGAUGAAAAAUGGCUUCGAAUAAACUUUUAUUAUUACUCAAAACGUGUAGUGGAGGACCAUUUUAGGCUCUGAUCGCUGCCGAGCAAAACGUGCAGCCGGUCGGCGAGGAGUACAUCGACUCGGAGCGUGACCCCACGGGAAAGCUCCUUCAGUACAUCUGCAAGCUGUGCGACUGCAGGUUCAGCGAUCCCAACGCCAAGGAAAUCCAUUUGAAGGGACGUCGUCAUCGUCUUCAGUACAAGAGCAAGGUUUUUAUUGAGAACAAAAGAGAGGGGCGAAAGUGUAAAAAGUUUUUCUGAUGAUGCUAAUUUAUUUAGAGAGAACCGAGGAGAAUACAGUAAAAUUAGGAAAAAGAAUGAUUCAGCAAAACGCGAAGUCUUCGUGAGGAUGAACCUAUAGAAAGUUAGAAAGUAGUACAGCAUUUCAACGCGACAAUUCGUUGAACUUUUCAAGAUUUAAAUGAUUAUUGCUUCUAUUUCAUCUCAAAAAUAUUGAGUAUCCUUUCUUUGAACUCAUUUUUAUGGUUUACUAGUGGUCGCUUUGAUUUUUUUUUUUCGAUCACGGAAAAAGAGAUUUUUGACUUCGAAAAAAGUUGAAGAAAUAAAAAAAAAUUGGAUUGAGGUUGAUCCAACACUCGAAGUCGAUAUGCGCAACAACAACAACAAGCGUCAAACUAGAAACGAUCCGAGAGCUGCACGAGGUCGUCCAGCUCCUGCCAUCCCUCCGUCCGUUUUUCCAACCAAUGAAGAAAGGAAAGAAAAUGUUGCAGACCGAUUCCGCUGCGCGGCAUGUGGUUUGGUCCGGCUCCGUUCGAAUCUCGUCGCACUGAACCUAUUGAGGAACGCUAUCUCCAGGUUUUUUUCAACCUUUUUUAAAAAAUAUAUUACUCGACUCUCAGGCGAAACACGCUGCAAUUUACCCGGUGGACGAUGUUUUGACUGGAAUCGAAACCUUGGUGAAAUCGGCUGAGGAAACUCUGCGCAAAGUUUCGGAUGAGCUCGAGAAGGAGAACAAGUGAGAGAAAAAAUAUGUCUCUAACGGUGGCAGAACCAAAAUUUGGAAAAAAAUAUUCAAAACUACAUGAUGUUGAUUCGGAGAAAAAUAAAAAAAAAGUAGAACUUAUUAGAUGUUCAGAAAAAACCUUUUUAUUUCGGAAAUGUUUCUCCUAUUACAAACGGAACUGUUGAAUUGAUAACUGAGAGCAUAACAUAAAAAUUAGAAAUGCAUAAAAAAGCCAGAUAAAAAAAAACAAUGCAAAAAGAUAAAACGGCUAUUUUUGCGCAGAGUGAAGUUUUAGAAGAAAUAUAAGCACACAAUCGGUUUUUAGAACUGUUUUUUUAUUUUUGAUUCCGAGAUACGAUAUCCAGAAGAAGAAAAGAGAAAGGGAACUUUUCAGGCCUGUGUCCGAAGUGAAAGAAGAAGAAGGCGUCGCCGCGCCGCAACCGGAACGAAUUCUCAAGGGCGUCAUGCGCGUCGGAAUCCUCUCCAAGGGACUUGUCCUCAACUUUGAUGAAAUUGUAUCAAUUUUGCUCUUUUUCCUUGUUUUCAUCGUUCUUCAUAGGUCGAUCUCGUUGUUAUGUGCACGCCGGUGCCGACGCUCGAACUCGUCGACAAAGUUCAGACGCUUUUCGAAAAGCUUUCGGUAGAAAUACACACUUCUUUCAUAUAUUUUUGAAUAUUUCAGGAGUCGACCAAUGUUGAGAGAGGCGUCUCGCUGGCUUCCUUCGUCGUCAGCAGUGAAAAUUCGAAGCUCAAAUGCAGAAUUUCGCUGACUUCGAGCGCAAUUCGCACUGAUCAGUCAGGUACCUUCGAAGGAUUUCUAGCACCUAGUUGAACUUUGUUGAAAUAAAGUGAAGGUCAAAAAGACGAAGGUAAAAAUGGAACAAAGUUGUUCGACAAGUUCUCCCAGUAGCCGUUUUCAGAGCAAAAAAAGAAAUUUUUUAUAAGUUAUGGUGAAAAUUACGUGGAGAGAUGUUUUUCAAAGUUUUUUUGUAUUAUCAACCUUUUUAUUUGCUGGAAAAAGUUAUUACAUUGACUUUGAUGGGAAAAAAAUGCAUCUUUGGUGUAAAUUAUCAUUUUUUUGAACUAGAAAGAAAAAAAUAUUUGUUAAGGGUUCUCUUUGAAAAUUUUUUUGAUCUUGGAAAGUUGAAGUUUAAAAAAAGACCAAACUUUCUGGUGCAUUUUGCCGCCUUGUCUUUUUUUCGCGUCUUUGAAUUCAUCUUUUAAUACCCUGCAAAAGAGUUUGUGUUUUAGGAAAUUGAAAAAUAUGUUUUUUUUUUUCAGGAGGGGAUUCUAGAAUUUGGAUGUUUCCAGAGUAAAGAGCCAAAAAAUUCCUUGUUCUUAAAUGACAAACUCGAACGAAGAUUGAAAUGUUUGCUUCAGGGUGUAUUUCAAAGAAAUAUUAUAAUAGCCUGUCCAAAAUUUCAUUGUGAGAGUUUUGAAACGCAAAAUCAUUUCCCCCAAAACGGCUUUUCUUUACGAGACUUUCAUAAACUUGUCUACGCUCCUUCGAUCACUUGAGCAAGAGGUUUUGAACAGGCUAAACCUUUUUUUGAAUCACUUUUUGGCAUACACCCGAAAAUUCCUCAUUGUUUUUUUUCUCGUGUGCUGUCAAGCGGACGGUUAAUGGAAAGAUGGUCUACGAAAUGGAUUUAAAAAUGUUUAUGUAUCAAAUCAACAACAAUCCACACCCGCGAUUGAAGUUCCCACAAGAUGAAAAGAAGUUUUGGCCUAAUGAACAUCAUAUUUUCCCGAAAAUUCGAAAGAAAAACGAAAAAAAAAAGGAAAAAGAAGAAUGAAAGGAGAAAUGUGAGGCCAUCUUUCUACCGCUUGCAGAUCCCGUCGGAAACGACGUAAAAUGCGUGGACAAGCUAUAUUGCCUUGAAGCGCUUGCACAACUUCGCCAUGCAAAAUGGUUCCAGGUCGGUGGUGUAUUGCGAUUAUUUCUCUAGUCUCUUUUUUCUCUCCAAAAAUGUCAACACUUUUUUUUGACUCCAUUUCCAUUUUUGAUCGUGAUGCACCAUACUUUCAAGUUUUUUUGCAUGAUUAUGGUCAGUUCCUCAAAUGGCGAUGUCUUUGUUUGAGUUUUUCAAAAAAAGUUAUAACGUUUUUUUUAUUCUUAAUCGUUAGAAUAGUUUAUUUUUAAAGGCUUGUCAAAACUGAGUUUGAAAAAGUUUUUUUAUUUUUUUCUUCCUGACUUUCCUUUAUUAAUGGCAUCGAACAUGUCUUUUUAAAAAUAAAAAAAUUUAAAUGUUCUGAACAAAAAAAUUGAGCUGGUUUAUUUUCAACUUCGGAGAAGAUAUUGCCUUUUUGAGCUGACUAUACUAAAUAUAUUUUCGCAAAUUUUCAUCCUUUUUCAAAAAAACUUAGAAUCAUGCUGAACGUUCAGGCUAGGUGCACGUAUUUGCAAUCGUGCUCGAUUACUUUGCGCAUUCUGCGUGAAAUUCGCAACCGUUUCAAUGUCUGGAAGCCGUUGAGCGACUGGGUAUCUUGAAAAUUUGACUUAUGUAUGUUCAAUGGAACAUUUGAAGAUGUGCGAGUUGCUGGUCGAGAAAAUUCUGACGUCGAAUUCGGGUCCCCUGCCGCCGAGCGACGCCUUCCGUCGUGUCAUGGAGGCCUUCUCCAGCGGAAUUCUUUCGCAAAGUGAAGAUAUCUCUCAUUUGUCUGCAUCUAUUCCGAUUUCAGGCGGCAUUGAAAUCACGGACCCUUGUGAGAAGGAGAAGACCAACCCGCUGCAGAGUCUCACCAAGAAACAGAAAGAUGAUCUCACCGUCAGCGCCAACGAGUUCAUCCGUCUCAUUGCUUUCAAUCAGUUCUACAAGGUAAUUCGAAAUGUUCUAUUGAAGAAUGGAAGAAAAAUAGUAGUUUCAGUUUCAAAGCUCUUUUUAAAAAUUGUUUCUUUUUUUCAAAAAAAUUAUAUUCUUAUUCGGUUUUAGUACGGCCCAAUGAGGUUGAAAAAAAAAGUACCGAAAAAACACAAUUGAACCCUUGUUUGAAAAUAGGUUGAUAAAUGGAAAAGACCAUUUUGCGCAAAAUAUUCGAAAUGCCAACUUUCCCCUAAUUUCUGUUCUGAUUGUUAAGAAAAGCUUUUUGAAAGUCUCACUUAUAAUCGAUGACGAGAAAAAUAAGCCAGAAAAAUGAAUUUUUGGGCCGGAAGGUCUCUUUAAUUUUUUUCUAAAUAUUAAACUUCAAAACUUUUUUUGGUUAGAAAUUGUUAGAAAUAUAAAUUUUUCGAAAGAGGCUAAAAAAGAACCAUUUUUUGCGUUUAUCUACAAUUUUACACAUUUUGAAGGUCCUGGGAAUGGAACGUCUUCCGGACGUUCGCCCAUCGAUCACUUCUGACCGCAAAAGACCCAACGAGGGGAGCGUCAACGGCGACGGUAGUUCUAGAAGUUAUUUGAUUUUCUCAUUUUUGUAUUCCCAGAAGUGAAGAAGGACAAGAAAGACGGCGAUGAGGAGAUGCCCGAAGAAGCGCCGACGGCUGUCUGA